AUGAUCACGCUGGGAAGUAGUAAAAUAAAGAGCAAGUGCUAUUCUCUCUGGCUAACUUUUAUUUUGUCCCUGAUAUCACUGAGUAUCCUAACCGGUGCUAACUUAACCAAGGAACAAAAACAGCAACUACCUCAUGGACUUCGUAGUUAUCACUUAUUUAAACCCGAAGUAACUAUUAAUGGAGGAAAAUAUCAGUGGCCAAUUGUAUCGCCAAAUGCAUCAGUCGAUAUAAAUCUAAAUGGUGAAAAACUAACGCUAGAUUUACAACGUAAUGAUGGAUUAGUCGACCACCAUUUUCACCAUACCUAUCAAGUUACAGGCCAAAUGCGUCGCCAACGAGGCUUAACACAACCAUUUUGCUACUAUCAUGGACAAAUUCGCCAAACCGCAAAAGCUAAGGAUUCACUGGAUCACGUUGCUGUCACCGCUUGUCGCGGUAUUAAAGGAAUAUUUCACUAUCAUGGUCAUGAUUACGCCAUAAUACCUCUAGAUGACCAAUUACACGCUACCUAUCGUAUCAAAGAUCAAAAAGAUCAAAGUAGUAGUCAUCUUAAGGAAUUCCGCUGUGCUAGUAAGAUUGCAAAAUUAAAUCCGGAAACUGAGAAAUGGCUUGAAGAUAGGAAAGCAUUACAUUUACGUCGUCGACGCGAUGUUUUCACUGAAACUAAGUAUGUAGAAUUAGUAUUAGUUAAUGAUAAGCGAUCAUUCGAUUUCUUGAAAGGUAAUUUAACCGUUGUGGAGACUCGUUCCAUUCAGUUAACUAUGAUUGCUGACAACGUGCUCGACUGCGCUGUAAAAUAUUGUGUUGGUCUUUCAUCACAAGUAGCUAAUAUCGUCGAUUUAAGAUAUAAGUCAAUCAACGUACGCGUUGCCCUGAUGAGUUUAGUUACAUGGAGUGAAACUGAUAAAAUACUGGUUACAUCAAAUGCCUCUGCUACUUUAAGCAGGUUCGCCAAUUACUCAAAUGUUGUUUUGAAGAAAUCCAAUCCAUAUGAUAACGCACAACUACUUACAGGUGUUAGUCUCACUAAUAAAAUUGGUAUCGGCUAUCUUUCAACUAUGUGUUUACCUAAUUCAGUAGGAAUGGUCGAAAAUACACUAAAUGUGGAAGGUGUAGCUACAAUCAUGGCACACGAAAUGGGCCAUAAUUUUGGCAUGAAUCAUGAUACGGGCAGAAUAUGUUCUUGCCCUAAUAUGCCAGUAGGAGUUACAUCAUGUAUUAUGGAAGCAGCAUUGCAUUCACCUUACCCGCAAGCAUUCUCUAGCUGUAGCGUCGCAGACUUAUUUAAAAGUUUAUAUGAAGGACUCGGAUCAUGUCUCUUUAAUGUUCCUACAAAACUAUACACAAAUCCAGUUUGUGGAAAUGGUUUUAAGGAAUCGGGCGAGGAAUGUGACUGCGGAAGCGUAAGAGAAUGUAAGGAUCGUUGCUGCAAUGCAGCAACAUGUAAACUGCAAUCGUUUGCUGAAUGCGCCUCCGGAUCGUGCUGUGCAAAUUGUAAAUUCAAGGCUAGAUCAACGUUAUGUCGCAAAGCUACAAAUGAUUGUGAUUUACCAGAAUACUGUAGUGGAACAUCAGCAGAUUGUCCUGCAAAUGUCGUCAAGCAAUCAUCGCUAACAUGUGGUAAUGGUGCCGGUUAUUGCUACAAUGGAGCUUGCCUCACUACUAACGCACAAUGCCAAACCUUAUGGGGCCCCACUGGAAAGACAGCUCCUCAGAUCUGUUGGGAUAACCUCAAUAAAAUGGGAAAUGAAAGUGGCUUUUGUAAGAAAACCGAUGCUGGACAGUUUAUCGCUUGCACCGCUAGCAAUGUUCAAUGUGGUAAACUCCAUUGUGAUUCGCAAGCCAUUAGGCCCGUGAUUGGUAAUAGCUGGAAUCUUUCAAUAGCUGCUUUUGUUUCUAGGCCUGGAAAGUUAACUAUAUGCAAGAGCAUUUCUGGGAACUUGGGAUCAGACAUCCCAGACCCAGGGAUUGUUCUGGAAGGAACCAAAUGUGGAGACAAAAAAAUUUGUUUCGAUAAUGAAUGUCGCAAUAUUAAUUCCGUUAUCAACAUUAAGCAGUGCAACCCUAUUGAUUGCUCCAAUCAUGGGAUUUGCAAUAGUAACGGAAACUGUCACUGUGACAAUGGUUACGCUCCACCAUCAUGUAAUCAACCUGGCAACGGGGGCAGUAUUGAUAGCCAUGACCAUAAUACCUUACCGACCGCAACCUCAGCACCAACAUCUAGUACAACGCCAACCUCUUCAGUGAACGGAAAUAGUACAAUAUUGACAGUAACAAAAGAUCAUGAAAUUUCUCGUGCUAUGAGAAGCAGCUAUAACAUUCUAUUCAUCGUGUUACUUGUAAAGAUUGCAUUUUGGCAUUCUUAAAUGGUUUCUCUAACAUUAGUUAUAUUUAGUUUCU